AUGAUGCCAUUCAUCCACAAAGAAGGUAAAGAUACUAUAAUCUUUGCUUCAAAGGAAGAUCAUGCAACGCCUAGUAAAAUAGAACUUCCAGAACCAGAACCAAGUCCUGGUCUCUUAUUAUCCAGCGGAGAAAUUAAUUGGAAUUGUCCAUGUUUGGGAGGUAUGGCUACUGGACCGUGUGGUUUGGAAUUCCGUGAGGCCUUUUCUUGUUUCCAUUACUCAACUGCAGAACCGAAAGGUUCAGACUGUUACAAUGCAUUUAAAACCAUGCAAACAUGCAUGGUACAAUAUCCAGCAUUAUAUGGAAAGAGAGGAGGAUCUUUGGAGGAUUUGGAAGAUGGCGAAGAUCCAAUGGACGAGCAUAAAAAAAAUUUAGAGGUCGAUAACAAAGAUUCUCACUUAGAAUCAAAAGUAAAAGAGUUACCCCGUACAUCCAGUAUUGGAACGGGAAUAGAACAAUCUAAUGUUAAGUGAACAUUUGUUGCCAGUGAAUAAAUAAUUAAUGUAUUUGCGUAGCAUAGUGAGAGUAAAUUUUCACCAAGACUUAAUGAAAGAAGAUCUCUGAUAAUUUUAUAAAAAAUAGGUUGUGUAAGAAAGCAUUCUUGUACAAAAUAAAGUACUCCUAAAUGCUGCUUUUUACCUAUCUGUUUUAAACCUCUAGUACAAUAAUUCAUGGCAUUCACAACAUUUACAACAUGUUGUUAACGAGGAGAAACCAAUCUAUUUGAUUGCAACUUUCAUAUUAUUUCAAGAAAUCUGAACCUCAUCAGGCAGAUAUACAUAUUAUUUUUCAUUUAAAAGUUAAAACAAAUUACUUAAACAUGCAAUUAAUAGUUUUAUUUCUCGCUUUUGUUCACUGUAUCUCAAUCGAUUGUAUAUACUUUGUGCGUAAUAAAUAAUAAGUAGUUCCUCGAA